AUGUUGCUACGUCAGUUAAAAUCAUAUAGUACAUCCAGAAGAAAAUUAUUGUUCAACUUUGUUAAGGAACAAGCAGAUCUUAGCAGAAAAGAUUCUAUUCAAUCAGGCUCAGAAUCAUUUACUGCUGAUGCUAAACCAAAAGUGUACAAGUUGAGAGAACCAUCAAAUAUAAUAUAUUUUGACGACGAGAACGACACAGAGGAUUUCUCUCCUGAUUGUACUGAAUACAUUGAAAGUCCAGAGCGUCAAUUACCUGACAGUCGAAAUACUUCGAGCCUCGUUACUGAUUCGCAAGAUACGGAUAUUAUUGAAAUUUCCUCUAGUAACACACAUUUGCAAGAAAAUGAUACUUCUAGUCUCGGAGAUGAUUCGCUAGUUAUAGAUAAUUUGCUCCGUACUGAAAACAUCACGCGAUCUCCAUCUACGGUUUCGAAUUUAUCUCUAAUGCGUGGGUGA